CCCAUAGGUGCAGCCAGGGGCGCGCCGGAUGGCGGCGCGGAAGUCCGGGCUCUUCCUCGUGGGGUGGCGGCAGCAGCAUGGAGGGAGACUUCGGCCCCGGGGUCGCGCGUCGGGCGCUGGGCCGCCUGCUGGAGGCAGUGCUGGCGAACCGCGGCGAGGCCAACGCGGUGUUCGACAUCCUGGCGGUGCUGCAGUCUGAGGACCAGGGGGAGAUCCAGGAAGCAGUGCGCGCAUGCAGCCGCCUUUUUGGGGCCUUGCUGGAGCGGGGAGAGCUGUUCGUGGGCCAGCUGCCCUCUGAGAAGAUGGUCAUGGCUGGGUCCCAGAGGGCCACAAGGAAGUACAAGGUGUGGAUGAGGCACCGUUACCACAGCUGUUGCAACCGCCUGGGAGAGCUCCUUGCUCACCCCUCCUUUCAGGUUCAGGAGCUGGCUCUCGGGACACUCAUGAAGUUCGUGCAGCUGGAAGGAGCACAUCCUCUGGAGAAACCCAAGUGGGAAGGCAACUAUCUGUUCCCCCGCCAGCUCUUCAAGUCUGUGGUGGAAGGCGUGCUCUCUCCAGAGGAGGACCACUCGCUGCUCCUCUCCCAGUUUCGGGAGUAUCUGGAACACGAUGACAUCUGCUACCACACGAUGCAAGCGGCCACAGACGUUGUGGUUCAGGUCGCCAAUGGACACCCUGAGCAGGUACCUCUCACAUUCUGGAACAAUGCCUUCACGCUGCUGUCCGCUGUGAGUCUGCCCCACCAGGAGAGUGAAGCACUCAACUUCUAUGUGAAGCGUGCUGGUGCAGCAGGAGGCUGGGGUCUGGGAUGGGGGAAGGUACAUGUAGCCUCAUCACCCCCAACCCUGCAGGAGCACAAGAAGGCCUUCCAGCUGAUGUGGCUCAGCUUCCUCAAAUACAAGCUGCCGCUCAGCCUCUGCAAGAAGGUGCUCGUGAUCAUGCAUGACUCCAUCCUGCCACACCUGGCCCAGCCAAGCCUCAUGAUCGACUUCCUCACCCAUGCCUACAACAUGGGGGGCGCUGUCAGUCUUUUGGCCUUGAAUGGACUCUUUAUCCUGAUUCACGAGCACAACCUGGAGUACCCUGACUUCUACCGGAAGCUCUAUGGCCUCCUGGACCCAUCCAUCUUUCAUGUCAAGUAUCGGGCCCGCUUCUUCCAUCUGGCCGAUCUCUUCCUGUCCUCCUCUCACCUGCCUGCCUAUCUGGUGGCUGCCUUUGCCAAGCGCCUGUCCCGCUUGGCCCUGACGGCCCCUCCCGAGGCCCUGCUUAUGGUCUUGCCCUUCAUCUGCAACCUGCUGCGCAGACACCCGGCCUGCCACAUCCUUGUGCACCGCCCUCAGGGCCCAGAGCUGGAUGCCGACCCCUAUGACCCUGAAGAAGAGGACCCUGCCAUGAGCCGAGCCCUGGAGAGCUCCUUGUGGGAGCUGCAGAAGGUGGUGACGUCCCGCAUCCCCUGCAGACCCUGCAGCAGCACUACCACCCAGAGGUGUCCAGGGCCGCUGGCGUCAUCAGUCAGGCGCUGUCCACAUCCGAGGUCAGCAUUGCACCGCUCUUGGGGCUCACUGCGUUCGAGGUCUUUGAGCAGGACCUGAAGAAGAAGGGGCCGGAGUCAGUACCACUGGAGUUCAUCCCAGCCCAGGGCCUACUGGGCCGGUGGGACGACCUCUGCGCCCAGCACUUCACACUCAGCUGAUCUGUGCACUGCCUUCCCCCAAAAUAAACAGCUAAUGUAGGGGA